AUGAGUUCCAAACCACGGGGAUCCACCUACGGCUUUGCAUGUGGCUCUACCGAGUUAAUUAAAAUACAGAAAAUAUUCUUGGGUGUCACGGCUAUCUUCGUGUACGUGACGCACGUUAUACUUAGGCUAGGAAUUUCCGCGCUCCAACGUCAAGAUGUGUGCUCUCAAGAAAAAAACACAAUUUCUCAUUUUUUACUCGGUACCGUUUAUGCUUUUAUCAAGAUAUAUAUCGUUGGCCUAUUACCGAUCAUAGCACUUCGCAAAUGGCUCAUUCAGGAAUCAAUUCGUCGAAUUACGGUACCAAGUUUAAUCGAAGAAUUGAGAGACUUGCUGUCCAAAAAACGCGCCUACGUGGUGCCUUUGUUAUAUAUUAUGUCCGCGUUGUCAAUAGGAUCUUCUUAUUAUGAUUUGAUAGGUGAAAGCUAUGGUCGAACCAAGAGAAUAAUCUUGCAUCCAGAAGAUCCAGAAUUCUGGUGUCCAACUCAUAGGAAAGAUAACUGCAAAAUUCUACUUCCAAUGAUCAAUGAACAUUACAUGAUCGCGAAUGUUCAUAAUUUCACCUUGGGACUUUGGUUUGGAUUGUACUUUUUGUUACGUAAAAAACACAUGCUGAUGUUCCAUAUAGUCGAGCCAAGACAUAUGCUUACCUUGCAUAAAGAACUCUUGGCGAUAUGGAACCGCAAAAGACACGGGUUGAUUCGGAAUGUGGCAGUGACAGCUUUGAAUUUCAGUGCUGCGUUUUGGGUUAUAAAAUUAAUGGCAUGGGAUACCUUCUUCGAAUAUUUGCCUUAUUUUUUUCCAUUUCAAAAUACUAUUAAUCAUUAUUGGUUGCGCGCUUCGUGGUUCGAUGUGCAGCUAUUCAAUCGGUCGAUUUUUUGUUCAAUCUACAUUUUCAUGUAUUGGCACACGACAAAUCUUUUGUUUGAACAUUUUUUCACACGGAUUUUUUCUAUAAUUGAUGUAUUUAUGGAUCCUCAUGCUAUGCUCAUAGAUGGACUACAUGCUCACCAGCAACCAUAUUAUCAGCAAAUUGCAUUUUUAGAACUAUGGAAUAUAUCUAAUUUUGAUCAGAACCGACGUAAGACAAUGUACGCGGAUUUCAAUCGCAAAACGCCGUUCGAUUGUGACCUACACAAUAAUCCCACCUCAGCAUGGGCCGAAAUUUCACGUGUAUGCAUGGAUUUUAUAUUGGGUCUUGCCCGGUCUGCACAGGAUAAUAUCAGAGCACAACAACAAAGGAAGGUAGCAUUGAGAAAUAAAUACGAAUUGUUUAAGAAGCUCAUAGAAGCUAGUCGUAAACAAAAGAAUAAGGUAAAAAAGGCAAAAAAGAAUCUCGAGGUCGGGGUGACCGCUGAGACAUUGAAAAAAGACCAUGAAUAUUGGGAAAUGAAAUUAUUUGAGUGGUUUCAUCCGAUGACGGGUAGUUACCCAUUGUUUGUGAGGAAAAUGUACUGUUACACGGUGGUUCCAUUUUUGAAGAGGUCUAUUGAACGGCGAACAAGAGAUCUUUGUAAAGAUCUAGGUGUCACACUAUAUGCUAUUCAAGCUCUAACAACACUGACUGUGAAAUCAUUAAAUGAAGACGAACACGGAAUAGUACAGAACGAUAUCUCCAACGUCUUCGGGGCAAUUAUUGAUUGCUUGUUGUCGCUAGAAAGGUACGUCGAAGAACCUCCACUAGAUGAUUGGGAUAUCGGAGACCCUUUUGCCAUGACACCUUCGAAAGUUCUGGCAGACCCAUUAAUCAUUAUAAACGUGUUGAAAGAUUCAUUAUUUGAACUGAUCGAAGCAUUUAUGCCGCAUAUGAGUUAUGUAAGACUUAAUUCUAAUCACUAUGAAAGGAUUGAUAAAUUAAUUCGCGAAAGGAUGUGA